GUAACUUUCCCGGCCACCUCUUGGUCAGAACCCUACCUCAGCACACACAACCUAUGCUCUGGCAGCAGCCAUGAUGCACACCUCAAUCUCCUCUUCUGCUUUCAGCUUCAGCAAACAUCAUUGAAAUCUCUGGGCCGGCUCAUGGCGGUCCUGCUCAAGACAGAGCCCACCUGUGGCUUUUUCCAGAACAUAGUCCAUGUGAGUAUAUGUGGGGCAAGGGAGAAAGCAUGGUAACUGUCAAUAGCGGGGACAGAGAUUUGGGGACUGAGAGGACAGUCAGAGGGGGAGAAAUCUCCUGCUGACAUGCCAGUUCACUGCGAGCUCAAAAAUGGGCAGAGAAAUGAGCCCUGCAGGGGGAAAGGCAGGAGCCAGCCCUGGCAAACCACAGCUGAGGAAAAGCUCCUGGGUUAGGAGGCAGGAGUGUCUGCAGAGAGCAGGGGCAGCAGUGCUGGUGCUCAGUGAGGCAGGGGGCCACAUGGAACCAGGAAAGGCCCUAAGGGAAAGUGUCAGGAAAGGAGGGACAGGGAGAGGGGUGGCAGGAAGGGAAAGAAAAGAUGUCCUCAGUGAGACAGAUGCUCUGCCACAGGUCCUGCAGAGAUCUAUGACAUCAGACAACGUGUGGGAGCGCAAGAGGGCCCUGCAGACCUGCUCCCAGCUGCUGGCUGUUUGUGAAGAGCUUCAAAGAGGAGAUAUCUGUGAGCACUUUGGCUCCUUGGUGGGAUUGCUGGCACCUCUGACAUGUGACCCUAUGCCCACAUCCCGCCAGCUGGCCGCCACCUGUCUGAGCUCCCUUCUCCGAAUCCAAGCCAAAGCAGCCAACAGAGACAUCGAGACAGGAGACAUCAGGAGUCUGUAUGAGGGGCUGCAUGCCUGCAGCACCAUCUAUCAGCUCCAGACCUCGUCCAAAAUGGCAAGGAUCGUGUGCAGAAACUUCCCCUUAGAACGCACCGUCGACUUCAUGAUGGCCAUCAAGGAGAUCUUCCGGAGAGCCAAAGGAGUGCGUGUGCGUGCUGCUGGGAAGUGGAUGACCACCUUUCUGCAGAUGUAUGGAAAGGACAUCUGUCGGGACGUAAGAGACUUUCUUCCACAUAUCUUGGACUUCUGCUGGCUGUUGCACUAUGCCUUGUGCUAUUUGCCUCUUGUGCUAAAGAAGUACAGCCAGAGUGCAGAGCCAGGACAUGGACAGGGUGGCUGGCAUGAAAUUUAGGCUU